UUACAAAUGUAAAUAGAAAAUUCUUGUCAAAUUGACAAUUUGUUCUUGCUAUUUUUCUACAAUUUUCCCGAAAAUAAUUCAACAAAAUGACAAAAAUAGCCGACAACGUAAACCCCGAUGUAUACGACAAAGGUUCAGAGAGAGAAGUCACGACUAACGAGAGAAAUGAAGAUAUCGUUGACGAAUUCGACCAGAGGGAGGUUUUCGACUUAAUACGCAACAUCAACGAUCCUGAGCACCCGUUGACGCUUGAGGAGCUGAGGGUUGUGGAGGAGAAGAAUAUAUUAGUGGAUAAUGAUAAGAAUGUGGUGAAUGUUUACUUUACACCAACGAUACCUCAUUGCAGUAUGGCUACUUUGAUUGGUCUGUCGAUCAGAGUGCAGUUGCUCCGAGCCCUGCCGAGCAGGUUCAAAGUGACGGUGGAAGUCUCAGAAGGGACCCAUGUCUCCGAGCAUGCUGUCAACAAACAGCUUGCGGAUAAAGAGCGGGUGGCUGCUGCGUUGGAGAACAACAACCUCGUUCAGAUCAUCAACCAGUGUGUUGUGAACUCAUGAUCAGGGACUUAGCUACUGACAUAUCAGCCGUAUCAAUGAUACGGGGCCCUCGGACUACAGGAGCCCCUUAUGUGUCAAAACAAAAUUUAGCAAAAUGUAAUCUACAAUCUCACUUAAAAAGUUGAAAACAUUCUACUAUUACACCCUAUUAUGACCUAACAAAUGAACUAACUAAGAAUGGCUAUGUAGUUAGUCUGUAUGCCGUAGAGGUGCGAGAGGAUUACCAGCAAAAUCUCUCUUUAACUUGCUUAAAGACCUUGGCCUCUCUAGAAGUGCAGCUAGUUCUAUAUUAGAACGAAUAUUCAAAGCUGCUGUAAUAGGAUCUUACCAAAUUUGGUGGCAGGGAGAACAACACGAGCAGAGAACAGUGGGUGUUGAUUGAUCGUGAAGGAAUUCCUUAACCCUACAUCCUGCAGUCACAAGUUCAGGACUCUGCUCAGAGUUCUGCUUAUUUCUUUUUUUGAGAGCCGUGAUAGCCUAUGAUAGGAUAUGAUCUCUGCUUCUGAUUCCGGAGGGCGUGGGGCACCACCAACUUUUCAUUAGUGUGCAUUUUAAGAAAUUAAAUAUCACAUGUCUCAAACAAUGAAGGAUUAACAUUAUGAGGAAACCUGCAUACCAGAGAUUUUUCUUAAUUCUCUGUGUGUGUGUAGUCUGCCAAUUCGCAUUGGGCCAGCGUGGUGGACUAUUGGCCUUACCCCUCUCAUUCUGAGAUGAGACUCGAGCUCAGCAGUGAGCCGAAUAUGGCUUGAUAAUGAUGAUAUUUAUUUAAAGUAAGAAUUUUUGUUGUUUUUUUUUUUGAGAUUUUUCUUCAUUAAUUGCCCCCCCCCCCCCCCCAACUAAUUUAAAUACAGGGCUCACUUAAACCUCUAACUUCCUCAUUUAUUAACCAAUUUUGGAAAUUCCGUUUUUGUUUGAAUUCCAGUUUGGUCCUAUUUCAUUUUCAUGAAAAUCAAUUUAGUAAUUUUGUUACUUAUGUUAAAAACUACUUAUGUUAAAAAGAUUAUUACUUAUUGAUGUAAAUAAAAGAAAUAUGUGCAAUCAAA